CUUUGGCAGUGUGCGUUUGAAACCGUGUGUGUGUGAGAAGAGAGAAGAAAUGCGUGUGCUGUCGUGCAAAUUUCUUGGCCGAGUUGUGAACUCCGCGCUGCAGCAACAAAUCAUUUCGCAGCGAUCUUUAUCCAAAACCAGCGCAGUUAUGGUGAAAGUUGGUGACUCCCUUCCUGCAGUGGACCUCUUCGAGGAUUCCCCCGCCAACAAGAUCAAUACUGGCGACCUGGUCAACGGUAAGAAGGUUAUCAUAUUCGGCGUUCCCGGUGCUUUUACUCCCGGCUGCUCCAAGACCCAUUUGCCCGGCUAUGUGAGCUCCGCUGACGACUUGAAGUCCAAGCAGGGAGUAGAUGAGAUUGUUUGCGUUUCGGUCAACGAUCCCUUCGUGAUGUCCGCCUGGGGUAAGGAGCAUGGAGCAGCUGGCAAGGUUCGCCUACUGGCUGAUCCCGCCGGUGGCUUCACCAAGGCUUUGGAUGUGACUAUUGAUCUGCCCCCACUUGGAGGCGUGCGCUCCAAGCGCUACUCCUUGGUGGUUGAAAACGGCAAGGUGACCGAGUUGAAUGUAGAGCCCGAUGGCACAGGUCUUAGCUGCUCGCUGGCCAACAACAUUGGCAAGAAGUAAAUGGAUUCCAGUCUCCCAGAAAAAGAACUAGAAACUCAUAUAGUAAUGCUAGGCCGCAAUGAUAUCAAUUACGUCUUCAAAAGAACUAUGUAAAACGUACAAUAUAUGCGAUUAGAGAUGUUA